CAGUAACAGAGCACCAUAGUAGCUUGAUGCAUGCCAAUGAAAAUGAAUCCAGCACCCAAAUAAUAGCUGCUCAGUGCUGGUCAUAUCCUUUCCACUGAUGUACAAGGGUGCCAAUAUAUUAUUCUAACCAACAGACAACCGAAAAUAAACUAUCUUUCACUGACUGAAAUCAGUGACAUAUAAGGACUUUUUGGUUAAACAUUAUAUUAUACAGAAGUGCAGCCUGACUUUAAAACCAUUUCCUGGAGUUAAUGUACACACAGUUGACUUUGGGCAGCGUUCUACUCUGAGAGCGAGUAAAGUGCUGACACUAGCUUCCUCUCAGGAUGAGUCACAUGGCAGGGUCAAACUACAUUCACAGAAGAGUAGGACACUACUGCAGAAGUUUGAGAACUACUUAUCAAAUCAUUCAAGCUGAAACUUUAUAUUUAGUGUGUUAGAAGGGAUACACUGAAGAAUUUUUUUUUUACUUCUGAUUUCUGCAUUUAUCGUCUGAUUUUUCUCUAAAACAAUGCACAAUUAUGGACAUCUUCAGUUCCUCACUAGUGUUUGAAAAGGUGCCAGUUGCUAAAGGCAAAGAUAAAUCUGUUAUUCAGUGUAUGGAGUGCUUCUGUGACAACUUCUACGUUGGAAGUAAAGAUGGAGUCCUCCAGCAUUUCACUACGAGCUCGAAGACUGGGAUCGGAGAACGUCAGACACUACGAGAGAUAACGAAAAGACAGAUGGGCCGAGGUGGAGAAAUCCGCCAGCUGAAGGCAGUCCCAGUCCUGAACCACCUUCUUGUGCUUUGGGACAACUCCAUCACGGCGUUAAACAUGUUUUCCCUGGAGCCCAUAGCAGCCCUGAAGAAGAUCCACAACGUUUCUUUGUUUCGCCUCGGCGAACCCGCAGCUCACACACAGCAGGUUUUCGUAGAGCUCUUCGUCGCCUCCACAAAACGGAGAGCAGUGAGCAUAUACAAGGUGUGUGUGGACAGAUGGGAGUGUGUAGGGAACAUGGCUCUGGCUCAGGAUCCUGUGGCUUUGGCUGUGCAUGAGACCUGCCUGUGCGUGGCUACAAGUGACAGAUACAUUCUCCAUGAUUACCAGACUCAGAGCGCUCUCGAGCUCUUCACACAUAACCUGGGAAAGCAAAAUGUUCUCGCAAAGGAAAGUGUGAAAGGAGAGUUUCUUCUAAAUGGCCCAGGGAACUUGGGGAUGUUUGUGAUGAAUAGUGGUAUAUCCCAGCGUCCUCCUGUGCCAUGGCCUGAUGGAGUGUUGGAUGCAGUAGUGCACUUCCCCUAUGUGUUGGUGCUGCAGAAUAAAGCUCUCCACAUCUACAGCAUGUUGGACCAGCAGCUAAAACAGACCGUUCUCUUAAAUAGCGGCAAAUCACUCCUCUCAACCACAGACAGCGUGUUUGUAGUCGCCGAGAGGGAGAUUCACCGGCUGUCACAGAGUCCACUGGAGGCUCAAAUCCGGAAGCUGCUCGGAUGUGAGCGAGUGAACGAAGCGCUCACACUGCUGGAUGGAGUUCAGUCUCUUCUGCCCGAAGACUCUUAUAAGCAUCUGCGUAGGUGUAUUGUUUGUACCUCCGGAUGGAUUCAUUUCUACAGAGAAGCUUUUCUCGAUGCCAAAGAACUUUUCAUUAAAGGUGACUUGGACCCAAGAGAACUCAUUAGCCUUUACCCAGGCAUGACUCUCAUCAGUGAAGACUUUAAAUCUCAGCCUCCUACCGUGAGCAAUGCCAAAGACUUGAGGAAGCUAAAUAAUGAAGCCCAGCCAGAGUUUCAUAAGUAUCUGAGCUUCCUCUGCCUUUAUUUAAGAGAGAUCCGCAGGACUGAUCUGGGCCAAAUCUUCCUUCAGGACAUCGAUACUACCCUGCUUAAAGUGUACUUACGGCUUGGGUAUUAUGAUAACCUGAACCAACUUGUGUCUUCUCGUAAUGAUUGUGUGCUGGAUGUAUGCGUGCCAGAUCUGGAGCAGUAUAAGAGAUUUUUCACAAUCGGACUGCUCUAUCAAAGCCAUGGUCAACAUUUCAAUGCAAUUCAGACCUGGGUGUGGAUGGUGGAUGAGAGUGUGGACUCCUCCGAGCCAAAUGUUCUGCUGCACAUUGUAAAAACUCUCUCUCGGUUGAAAGAGAAAUCUAUCAUCAUGAAGUUUAUAGACUGGGCUCUUCAAAAAGACCAAAAGGUUGGCGUAUUAAUCUUUACUCAGAGAGAUCCAGGAGACCAAAACACAUUUGAACCACAAGAAGUGCUUUCCAUUUUAACAAACUACCCAGUUGCUUUAGUUUCCUAUUUGGAAUUUUUGGUCAAUGAACAGCAAAGUCAGAUGGAGAAACACCACACCCUGCUGGCCAACACAUACGCCACUCAGAUCCUCCACACUGACCGAGAGAUGCAGAAUAAUGAUACACACAUGGAGGAAAUGAGGCAAAAACUGCAGCAGUUUCUGUGGCAAUCCUCCAUCUAUGAUGCUGAUGCUGUAUAUGCCAAAAUACAGUCAUCCGCUCUCCAUGUUGAGAAAGCCAUCCUGCUGGGGAGAGUCGGGGAACACAGAAAGGCCCUGCGGCUUCUCGUCGAUGAAGAAAGAGAUGAAAAAGCUGCAGAAGUCUACUGCUGGAGGACCUCUGCUGGACGAGACAGGGAAUUCACGCAGCAGCUCUUCAGCUGGCUGCUCCAGUCUUACCUCGAGUCCAGGCCUCACGUGUCUGCGGCGGUGGAUCUCCUGAACCAAAACGCCGUGGCUUUUAAUCUGCUCAGGGUGCUGGAAGUGCUUCCUGGCUCCUGGUCCCUGCAGCUGGUGAUGCGUUUCCUGUGCGAGUCACUGAGAGCGACGACGCACGACAGGAGGAUGAGAGGCCUGGAGAAGAGCCUGGCCAGGAUGGACAACCUCAGACAGAGACACGCCUGGAUGGAAGCAACACAAGGAAUGGUCAGAAUGGACAGAAGCCAGGUGUGUCAUUCUUGUCAGAGGCAGUUCAUUGGGCCUGAAUUUCUGCGCAGGUCUACGGGGGAGCUUCUUCACACACACUGCUACAGCACAAACAACAGCCAAUAAACACUUUCAAUUGUGUCAAUUUUUAUCCUUUACUAAAUGUAUACUGCAAAUUUAGCAAAGUUCACCACAUGCAUAUUAAUGUGUACUUGGAAAAAUAGUACUGUUCUUUUAAGGCUAACAAAAAAGCAUUUCAUAAGCAAUGCAUAAAUCAGUUAUGCUAUACUGGAGGAUUAUGUCAAAGCAAGUAUACUGUAUUUCUUUGUCUUUAUAUGGAAGAGAGACGAAGUCCAGCAGCUAGCAUUGCUGCCUCACAGCUCCAAAAUCCUUGGUUUGAUCCUGACCUGAGGUUUGCUCCAGGCUUUCUGUUUUUCUCCUCCCACCUCCCCAAAAACAUGCUGAUAGGUAAACUGGCUAUGCUAAAUUACCUCUAGGUGUGAAUGAGUGUGUGAAUUUGUUUGUCCAUAGACUGGCACUCCAUUCACACCCAGGGUUCCUGGGAUAGGCUCCGGAUCUACCGAGAACCUGGCCAGGAUAAAGCGGUUACUGAAGAUGAAUGCGUGAAUGAAUGAAUGACUUUUGUAUCAGAAGUUAUUAUUUUGUCUGUACUAACAGCUCAUUCCUGAAGUAUUAAGAAGCCUUCUACCUGUCAUCUGACCAUUUGAGAGCUAUAGUUACUGAAUUUACUUCUUAUUAGAGCAUGAAAUUUAAUUAUCUUCAACUGAAUUGCUGGUGGUCCGUUCACUUUCAAUACUACAACGAAGAAUCAUUCCAGUACUCUUUUAAUUAUUUAUGAAGCCCAUAUACAGGCCAAAUGAAUCAUUACAAUGCAUUUACAUAGUAAAACACUAUUAUGAAGCUUUA